CCGCCCUUCGCCGCGCCGUCCUGCUUACCUUCCGCCGCCAGCUGCCACUGCCCUCCUCCUCCCUUGACUUCCCCUUUUGCUAUACAACCCAUCUCUCUCAUUCACCAUCUCAUAUUCUGAUCACAAAUUCUCUCUUCUCCGUCCUCAUCAGCCAUGUUCAUGCUGGUCAACUGUUCCAACUGCCGCACCCCUCUUCAGCUUCCACCGGAAGGAGCGCUAUCAAUCCGCUGCGUCAUCUGCCACAGGGUAACUCUUGUAGCCGAUCCUCGCUUCGCUCCCCCGCUGCCGUACUCCGCCGCCGGUAGCUACCACUACCAGCCUCCGCCUCCUCCGGUUCCCUCUCCCUACAAUCACGCGCCCCCAGGCCCACCUCCUUCCCCCCACGGCCGCAAGCGGGCCGUGAUAUGCGGCGUCUCGUAUAAGUACUCCCGAUACGAGCUGAGAGGUUGCAUUAACGAUGCCAAGUGUAUGAAGUACUUGCUGGUUAAUCGAUUCAAGUUCCCCGAGUCCUCCAUUAUCAUGCUUACUGAAGAAGAAACUGACCCUUACAAGCUCCCGAAUAAGCACAACAUAAAAAUGGCAUUGUAUUGGCUUGUGCAAGGAUGUCAACCGGGAGAUUCAUUGGUCUUCCAUUAUUCUGGUCAUGGUUCACAGCAGAGGAACUACACUGGAGAUGAGGUGGAUGGAUAUGAUGAAACACUUUGUCCAUCAGAUUUUGAAACUCAAGGAAUGAUUGUGGAUGAUGAAAUCAAUGCAGCAAUAGUCAGGCCUCUUCCUUAUGGGGUUAAGCUUCAUGCCAUCAUAGAUGCUUGCCAUAGUGGGACAGUUUUAGAUUUACCGUUUCUCUGUAGAAUGGACAGGAAUGGGAGAUAUUACUGGGAGGAUCAUCGCCCUCCAUCAGGCAUGUGGAAAGGAACAAGUGGAGGGGAGGUGAUCUCCUUUAGUGGGUGUGAUGAUAAUCAAGCCUCUGCAGACACUUCAGCCUUAUCAGGGGUUACUUCAACUGGUGCAAUGACUUACUCUUUCAUCCAAGCCAUUGAACGUGGGCAUGGAGGAACUUACGGAAGUAUGCUAAAUGCAAUGCGGUCUACCGUUCGCAACGCAGACAAUCCACUUGAUGGUGGUAUUGUUACAUCUCUUCUGACAAUGCUCUUAACAGGAGGGAGUCUUGGCGCACUAAGACAGGAACCACAGUUGACUGCCAAUGAACGUUUCGAUGUGUAUCAAAAACCGUUCUCCCUAUAACUGGGAAACAAAAUUACUUUCUAGUCUCUACCAUAACUUCAUUCUGUUGAGGAUGCCCCUCUAUUCUGUAUAGUUCUUGAGAAAAGUCAUUUUCAGCAUCCAUUGCUCAUAGUACUAUAAUCUUAAUGUUUGUAUCCCAAUCUCUGAGGCAAGCUUGGUCCUUUUUUAUCUUGAGCUGUUUGUAUGCAUUUUAACAAUUGUUUGGUAUUCCAAAUGUAGAAUUCUAUUAUCAAUAACACAAUCAAUUUUCA